UCACAAACACAAAAGAAUAAACAUGUGGACUAUUGUUGUCUUGGCAACUGCUAUAUUAACUUCCGCUACUGCGUUGGAAAAUGUGGUGCCUUACCAGCACCCCUAUUCUUAUCCACAGAACCACAUGAGCAGCGGCACCUACACCGGUUGGAGAGCACCAACAUGGGGAUAUCCAAAGAGUUUUCAACAUAAGUUAUUAGACACGUUCUCCAGCCUGUGUCCUGACUGUCUGAAGGCUGAUGGAGUAGACGAGGUUACCGGGAUUCCAGGUUUGAAGGAUGCCAUCGAAUAUUUCAUACUUCCAUUCCAUAAAACCAACUAUGAAUGAAAUGUUGGACAAUUUAGGAAUUGACAAAGGAGUGACAUACAGAUAUUUUGUUAGUCUUUGCGAUA